UUUCUCCGCCCUAUAUAUCCCUUGUCAUCCUUCGCAUUUGCGGACAAAACCUUUGUUUAAUUUAGCCUUGGUCGUUUCAGGUACUUUUCAGAUGUGGUGAUGAAAACAAAGUAAUCGACAUAGAUGAGCCCAAAACCUGUAGAUAUAACCUGACAUUUCAGACUCCAUUGGCAUGCCCGCUCGAUGUCUUCAUGGUUUAUCCUACUCUAACUGAUCUUGGCAAGGAGCAAUGGGCUGAAAUCGAGCACAGAUACCACGAGAAAGAGUUGACUUUGAAAGGCUACCGAAAGAAGAGAACAGAUUUGUUUAUCAGUGAAGGCCUAAAGCACAACGAGGCUGAUGACGAGCAACCUAAACUGUCGAGUGAUGGACAGGUCGAAGCAGCCAAGACAGAAAAGACUGCCGAGCUACAUGAUUACCGUAUAUUUGGAAGACAUGAAUGUAUUCAGAAAUAUGGCGAGCUUUUAAGGGAAGUUGAGUUGUUGAGAGCAAAAUUGAAGGAAUUAGAAGCGAAAAGUGGAUCUACGAGAUUGAACAAUUCAACUGAGUCCGUUGAAAAGAAAGAGUAUGGUAAUGGAGUUAACUUGACUAGGCCGAAAGGUGAUACCACUGUAACUGCCAACAUUGGAGUUGGCAAAGUGGAAGCUGCUUCUGUCACAAGGGUGAUGAGAAAAGGAGACGAUGGGAGUGACAACAUAAAUCAUCCGAGGAACUUGAAGAAGUAUGGAAGAAGGGGAGAUGACGGUACGAUAGGUGAAAGGAAAAUGGGGGAGAAUUCAAUCAGCAAAAAUGGAAUGAAAUUUUUACAUUCUAUGGAGACAGUGAGAAAGAAAGUGAAGCUCACAGAAAAGGAGCAGGAGAAAAGAGAUAAAGAGAUAGCGCAACAGCAUGCAGUGAACCACAGGGUUCAUUAAAUUAAUUUUGUAGAAUUUGUAUUAAAGGAAUUUGUAAUGUAGGAUUUUUAUUGAGGGGGUUAUAAUUCGUCUUUAUUAUUGAAAAGAUUCAAAUCAAUUA